AAACAGUGAAAUUGUAAUCACUUUUUAUUGUAAAUUAUGUAAUUUAUAGUCAUAAACAAAUAAUCUGGAUGUAGGCCUAUUGUUUAAACCCACAAUUAAAUCUUUCCUACAACACAUUCUGGCGCCCUGCUGGACCCUCACGCCCCACCUUUCCUACCCUGAGAAAACAGUUUCUUUUGUGUUUAGCUCCAAGCUUCUGCUUUAUAUGUGGCUCGGUUCGGCGAACAAAGAGAGCAGCUUUGGAAGCGACACAAUUCCACCUUAAAUCCGGUUUGCGUCUGUGCGGGAGACCCAGGCGCCAUCUUCGGUCCACCUUAAGCGCACAAUGUGGCCAACAACGGACGCGAGCCUUCCAGCCGGGCUUCCGUCCUCCUUCUCCAGCCGCACUUCGGCUCGCAGCUUCACAGCAGCGUCACUUGUGAAACAACAAGGAGGAGGAGGAGGAGGAGGAGGAGGAGACGCACUCGGGCCGAACCCCGUCCGCACCCACAGGAGAAGAUGUCCGAGCCCAACAAGUACCGGGAGUGGAUUCUGGAAACUAUCGACUCUCUCCGUUCGAGGAAAGCCCGUCCGGACCUGGAAAGGAUUUGUCGAAUGGUCCGGAGGCGACAUGGYUCAGACCCGGACCGAACCAGGACGGAGCUGGAGAAACUCAUCCAGGAGCAGACGGUGCUCAAAGUUAGCUACAAAGGGUCCAUCUCGUACCGGAACGCGGCCAAGGUGCAGAGGAAGAGCAGGAAGAGGAGCGAGCUGAUGACGGCCGCAGGCGGCGCCGACGCGCCGAACGAGCGGAGCGAACAUCCGAACAACAACGGCGACAGCGCGCACAGCCUCAGCGACCAGGAGGAGGGCGAGGACGACUCUGAGCCCAACCCAGAUCCGAGCAGUCCGACAUCAGCCUGCAGCCCCUGCAAGAGCCUGAAGCCUGCUGCCUCCGGUCCGGACAGCGGAACCGGGCUCCUCGGUUGUGGCGCAACUACGAGCGGCUGUAAGGAGGAGAAAGCAAGUGCACCGAGUGAGGAGGGAUCAGGACGGCAGGCAGCGGGGCUCUGCCYGCCGCCCAGCUGCGGAACAGGCGCACAAAGCCCGGCAGCAGCGAGCAGAGCCGGUGCGGCGGGCGGAGGAAAGAAGCCCGACUCUUCCGGAGCUGACAGCCUGAAGCAAAGUUCCUCAGGGGGAGCCGGCAGACCCMCUCAUCACCAGGCGCAAAACAAGCCCAAACUUCGGCUGGCGGCAGGAAGCGGCCGCGCCAACUCCGAGCUGAGCGUCAGGGGGGGCUCCCCCGCCGCCAGAGGCCACAYGAUGAAGCCGCUGGGCUUGAAGGAGAUCCUGGGCUUCCUGAGCAGCCAGGAGCGGCUGUCCGAGGAGAAACUGACCCGAGGGAAAGUCAGGGUGGUCAUGGAGAGGGAGGUGGAGAGGGGCAGGCUGCGCAGGACGCGCCACGGGAACAUCACGGUGCUGGAGGAGCCGAGAGCUCCGUCCGCUGACAGACCGGUGAGACCACCGCAGGGCAGACAGGAGAGUGAGCCAAUGAAUACUGCCAGCGAGGAAGAGGAAGAGGAUGAUUCCCGGAGUUCUGAUCAGGAAGGAGGACCACCCACUGUAGCCAUGACAACUGAACCAGGGCUCGUUGAGAAAGCAGCAGAAGAUGCUUUGAUGCGGGGAGCGUUGAAGGAGGAGAGCCCCAAACAGCCAGAGGAGGAUGGAGAAGAGUCACGGCGAAAGAAACCCCAUGUCCUCAAGCCUCAACCACAUGGAGUGUAAGAUGGAGGUGGGUGUGUCUUCCUGCAUGCUUACACCUACUGCGUCCCCGAGAGACUCAAGCCUUUCUGAAGAACAAGGCAUAAACGACAGCAGCGUAGGACAUCUGAAGAUUGAAGGCGUGGAAGGAAAUCCAGUGGACUGGACCGUGUCCGAUGUGGUCAGUUAUUUCACAGSUGCAGGUUUUUCUGAGCAGGCAGCUGCCUUCAAAGCACAGGAAAUCGAUGGCAAGUCUCUCCUCCUCAUGCAGCGUAAUGAUGUUUUGACUGGCUUGUCAAUCAAACUUGGCCCCGCCCUCAAGAUCUACGAGCGUCACGUAAAGGUUCUGCAGAAAACACACUUCGAGGAYGGUGACUGCUAACAGCAACACGGAAAAUACGCAAAGACUGUUACAGUAUGUUUGUAUUUAAAUUUAGCUCAAUAUGGAAAUGCAUGCAUGGUAUACAGAAUAUUACUCUUCACUUUUCAUCUGCUGAUAAAAACCACUCACACACACACACACACACAAACACACUUUAAGAUAGAUCCCAGUGGACCUCUGAGCUGGUCUGGUCUACAAAUGACCGCAGUAUGGCUGAGAUUUUUUUUAGACAGCAAUGACUUUUCUACCAAACAAAGCACAGAUGUUGGAUAAGAAAAGCAAGCUCAAAAACAUUUUCAUAUGCAGACAUUCAAAGCAGCAAUGCCGUUUCAUUUUGUUCCGACGAUGAAACAGUUUUCACUCGCGUGAGAGAAGUUGUAUUUUUGUGCUGAGGACACCUCUGGGAGUGGAGGGUCAGAGUGGAUUUGUGGAGGGAUGUGAUGCGAAGAAAUCUUUGGGUUUGUUUCUGUCCAUGUAGAGCACGUUGGAUAAAACAGCAAUCUAGRCAUAGAUCCAUAUUUACAAAAGCUGGAGGAAAGGGUUAGCAUGCAGAGAGUUGACUGCAGACUUCCUGUCAUUCCUGAAAGAGCAGAGUCAAAGCAAUAAAGUAAUAAAUUCUCCAUCAUUGUUUGGAGAUGGUUGAUUGUUGUGUUGUUUAUUGUCUUGUAUAAAAACUCAGUUUUAAACUGAACUGUUUACAAUCUGAUUUGGCAUAUUAAUAAUUUUAUGAAAUAAAUUAAAAAAUAAAGAUAUAAGGAAAAAUGCAGUUAAUUAAAUUAGUUGGCUUUAUAUCUGAAGUCAGUUUUGCUUUAUUGCAGGGGGUUUCAAAGUCAAUGAGUGUAAUGCCCCCCCUCCUAAAAAAUAAUAUUAAUUACUUAAUAUAAAGAUUGACUUUAAGUCAAUUGUAAUUUUUUAAUUUAAAGGUUAAAAGAUAAUUCAUGUUUUAUUAUUGGGCCCUGAACWUUUAAUUUAUUGGAUUUCAUGCAUGUAAAAAUGUUUGUGUUGCAGAGAAAGUUGUUUUUGGUUAGUUGUCUGUUGAAAGGUGUGUGUUGUGUACUGUAUGUUCAUCAAAGACUAAUAUCAUAAAACCAGAACUGACCCGAGUUUCUGAGCUCACUGUGAA